UUGAGUCACAGAACCGGAUGAGCAAAUGCAUCGUUCAUGGUUUAAAUGGGCUUCACAGUAUCUUACUCAUCUGGAAGAAAGGUUCAUCUCCAACAUCAGAUCCUGUGGAUUACUGCUCCACAACAAGCAUUUCAGCACGCUGAUUGUUCCAGGAACGGGAUUCACACUGACGACCUGCAGAAUCAGUUACAAUAAAGCCCUGUGUGUCAAGAGAAAACUUGAGGCUGUUCCUCAGGAUAUUCCCUCAUCAGUCACAGACUUUAACUUGUCUCAAAACAAACUUUUACAAAUACGAAGAUCUGAUUUCAGCAAUGUGCCUUUGUUGACACUGCUGGAUUUAAGUCGCAACUACAUUUUAAGGAUCGAUGACGAAACCUUUGCCAGGCUGGUCUUCCUCAAAAGGCUCAAUCUGAAUAAUAACAGACUUUAUAAACUCAGAGACGAUCUAUUCACUGGACUGAGUAACCUCACUGAGCUUCUAAUUAACAAGAAUCACAUUAAAACUGUUUCCUCCGCCACUUUUAAGCCCUUGACAAGUUUAACAACGCUGGACAUCUCUCACAACAAACUGCACCACAUGGUGAAGGUUCAGACAGUGUUACAGCACCUGCCUCAUCUGAGAAAGCUGUUUGUUAAAGGCAACGGUUUCACCACGUUUCACUCACAGGAACUGACCAACACGUCACUAGAGCUCAGUUCCCUUGAUUUGUCCCAGAAUCCAAUCAGUGUCUUCAGGAUCACGGCGGACGUCUUCCCAGAGCUCACCUGGUUAAGCUUUGGUGGCUCCCAACAGAAGCGGAUGAAAUGGGAGGUGAGUGACCAGACGUUCCUCCGGAGAGUGUCCACUCUUGAUAUUAGCGGCCUUCAAAUGGCUUCUGAUGAGAUGAAGUUGUUACUACAGACUGUCAACACUUCACUGAGGACUCUGAGGAUGAAUGGCAUGAAACAGAACCUCACAGCGCUCAUCAGCAUCUCCUGCUCCAUCCCAACCGUGUCCUCACUGCAGCUGCGGUACAACGGGCUCACUUCAGUCACGUCACAGAUGUUUGACAGGUGCCUUAAUGUAACCGAGUUAGAUUUAGCACAGAAUCGAAUACACGAGAUCCAGGAUGACGCCUUCAGGCCUCUGCACAGUUUGAGGAUCUUGAAUCUGGGCCACAACCAGCUUUCAUCUGUGCCGGCUGCCACGAGGAAUCUACCAGUUCUCCAAGAGUUAGAUCUGAACACUAAUAAAAUCAGCCAAGUUGGAUGUGAUGAUUUUGCCAAUCAGACAAAACUUAGGCAGCUCAGCCUUUUCAAGAAUUCAAUCUCAGCUUUAAAAGAAUGCAUCUUCAAAGACUUAACACGACUGCAAGUGUUAAAGCUCCACAGCAACCAUCUGUCCAAGUUAAAUGGUGCGUUCAAACAUUAUUUGACAAAUCUUCGGCAGCUGCAUUUAAAUGGAAACAGACUCACUGGGGUUAAACGUGGAGACUUCAGGGGCUUGGUGUCGCUGCAGAACUUGUCAUUACACCAAAAUAAAAUUAAACUUCUUGAAAGGGGUUGUUUUUCCGGUUUGGCGAAUCUCACGGACAUUCUGCUGCAGAUGAAUUCUCUUAAGAAGGAAGAGGUGAACAAAGGGGCUUUUCAGGAUCUGAUCAAUUUACGGAGAUUGGACCUUAGAAAUAAUCAGAUAAAAUACAAAAACAAAGCAGCUUUGCAACAACCGCCCUUUUCCCAGCUCUCUCGCCUGGAGACGUUAGCGAUGCCGACACAGAGCUCUAGAGGAAGGUCUCAUCUGCCUCGCAACCUCCUGCAAGGUUUGACCAACCUACUGGUCUUCAAUGCCAGAAACAUUAAGCUUCUAUCGCUGGAGGAUGACAUGUUUACAUACACGCCUCAGCUGCAGACACUGGACAUCAGCACUAAUGACCUUCAGGAUCUCUCACCAGAACUGUUCUUCCCACUUCCAAACCUUAAAAGCCUCUACAUCUCUCGAACAAGUCUUCGCUCCCUAGACUUCCUCAUAAAUGCCAACCUUAGCCAGCUGGAGUUCCUGCAGGCGAGAAGGAACCAGUAUUCAGUCAUCAGGAGAGAAGCACUGGAUUCAGUGCCAGCUCUUGUUUAUGCUGAUCUCCAAGGCAACAGUUUCACCUGCAACUGCGACAACGCCUGGUUCCUCAACUGGGUGAAAACCACCAAAACCCAGGUUUUCGACGGCCAUAACUUUGUUUGCAACUAUCCCCCACCUUUUAAAGGGAAAAGGCUUUUAGACCUUGGCGUCCAGUCCUGUUUAAUAGACACUGAGUUCAUCUGCUUCGUGGCCACCACAUUUAUGAUCCUGCUGUUCAUGCUGUCAGCACUCACAUACCAUUUCCUGAGGUGGCAGCUGGUCUACGCCUACUACCUUUUCUUGGCUUUGCUUGUGGACAGACAACAAAGAAAGAGGCAAGGUCCCAACCAGUACGACGCGUUCGUCUCCUACAACGCCGACGAUGAGCCGUGGGUCAUUGGAGAGCUGCUGCCCAAACUGGAGGAGGAGCAGGGCUGGAAGUUGUGUCUGCACCACCGAGACUUUGAGCCAGGUAAACCCAUCAUAGACAACAUCACUGAUGCUAUCUACAGCAGCAGAAAGACCAUCUGUGUAAUCAGUAGGAAGUACCUGGAGAGUGAGUGGUGCUCCAGAGAGAUCCAGGUGGCCAGUUUCCGGCUCUUCAAUGAGAAGAAGGACGUGCUGAUCCUGGUGUUCCUAGAGGAGAUCCCCACCUACGAGCUGUCUCCUUACUACAGCAUGAGGAAAACGCUGAAGAAGAAGACGUACCUGAGCUGGCCUCGGGCCGGCCAGCACACGGGGCUGUUCUGGGAGAAGCUCCGCCGGGCGCUGCAGACCAGAGAGGAGCUUGGUGGAGACAGGUUGCUUCUCACCGUGGUGGACAGACAGCGCAGUUCUGCAGUUUAUGCUAACAUUUUAUUCCUCUUGUUGGGUCCUGGAGUUGGAGCAGACAUAACGAUGCUAACGAGAGGAACCAAGUGUUGGGAGUUGCGUGUUGUUUUCCUCUGUUUACUGAAUAUCAGCGCUUUCCUUAUCCCAGCUGCUGGAUUUGCUUUGAGGUUUUGUCGAAUCAGUAACGAAGUUGCAAAAUGUGAGAGGAGCGAACUCACUGCUGUUCCCAAAGGGAUUCCCUCAACAGUGACUGGCUUUGACUUGUCUAAAAACCACAUUUCAAGAAUACAAAGGUCAGAUUUUAAAAACCUGACUGUUUUGGUGGAAAUAGAUCUAACUAACAACAACAUUUCACAGAUAGACAGCGGUGCCUUUGUUGGUCUGACUUGCCUUAAGGACUUAAAUCUAAACCAAAAUAAACUUGUUGAACUCAAGGAUGGUCUAUUUGAUGGCUUGAGCAAACUGGUCAAGCUUUACAUUAUCAGGAAUCACAUUAAAACUGUUUCCUCCGCCACUUUUAAGCCCUUGACAAGUUUAACAACGCUAGACAUUUCUCACAACAAACUGCACCACAUGGUGAAGGUUCAGACAGUGUUACAGCAGCUGCCUCAUCUGAGAAAGCUGUUUGUUAAAGGCAACGGUUUCACCACGUUUCACUCACAGGAACUGACCAACACGUCACUAGAGCUCAGUUCCCUUGAUUUGUCCCAGAAUCCAAUCAGCGUCUUCAGGAUCACGGCGGACGUCUUCCCAGAGCUCACCUGGUUAAGCUUUGGUGGCUCCCAACAGAAGCAGAUGAAAUGGGAGGUGAGCGACCAGACGUUCCUCCGGAGAGUGUCCACUCUUGAUAUUAGCGGCCUUCAAAUGGCUUCUGAUGACAUGAAGUCGUUAAUACAGACUGUCAACGCUUCACUGAGGACUCUGAGGAUGAAUGGCAUGAAACAGAACCUCACAGCGCUCAUCAGCAUCUCCUGCUCCAUCCCAACCCUGUCCUCACUGCAGCUCUGGCAAAACGGGCUCACUUCAGUCACGUCACAGAUGUUUGACAGGUGCCUUAAUGUAACUGAGUUAGAUUUAGCACAGAAUCGAAUACACGAGAUCCAGGAUGACGCCUUCAGGCCUCUGCACAGGUUGAGGAUCUUGAGUCUGAGUUACAAUCGUUUUCUAUCUGUACCAGCAGCAGUGAGGGAUCUACCAGCUCUUCAGGUGCUUGAGCUGAACAAUAACCGACUCAAAACUCUUGGAUGUGAAGACUUUGCCCAUCAGGCUUCAGCUCCAAGUGAUUGUGUUUUUAAAUAUUUACCGCGACUACAAGUUUUGAAGCUUGAGACCAACCACCUGUCCAAGUUAAAGGGUGCUUUUAGUAAAUACCUGCCCAAUCUCCAGCAGCUGCGUUUGAAUGCAAACAGCCUCACUGCUCUCAAACACGGAGAGUUCGGAGGCUUAAGGUCGCUGCAAAACUUGUCACUACAUGACAAUCAACUGGGACAUUUUGAAAAAGGCUGUUUUAUUGGCCUGAAGAAUCUAACUGUCUUGUUGCUACAGAAAAACCAAAUUACAGAAGUUGAACUAAGCAAAGGUAUUUUCAACGACCUUAUAAAUUUAAGAAGGUUAGACUUUAGGGAAAAUCAUGUAAGAUAUAACAGCAGCUCGCAGCUGCACGAGCCUCCUUUUUUGAAUCUGACCCGACUCGAGACAUUAGCCAUUCCUUCACAGCAUCGGAGAGAGAAGGCUCACCUUCCGUCCAACUUCCUGCAAGGAUUGACAAAUUUGCAGUCUUUCAUUAUGAGAAACAUUCAAAUCAUAGCCUUGGAAAAUGACAUGUUUACAUACACGCCUCGGCUGCAGACACUGGACAUCAGCUCCAAUGACCUUCAGAAUCUCUCUCCAGAACUUUUCUCCCCACUUCCAAACCUUAAAAGCCUCUACAUCUCUCGAACAAGUCUUCGCUCCCUCGACUUCCUCAUAAAUGCCAACCUUACCCAGCUGGAGUUCCUGCAGGCGAGAAGGAACCAGUAUUCAGUCAUCAGUGAGGAAACGAUGGGCAGCAGGGCUCUGCCAGCUCUCCUUUAUCUGGAUCUGCAAGGUAACAGCUUCUCUUGUGACUGUGACAAUGCCUGGUUCCUCAACUGGACAAAGAACAACACCCAAACCCAAGUUUAUGACGCCUAUAACUUUGUUUGCAACUACCCUUCGGAUCUUAAAGGCAUGAAACUUUUGAGGCUCGACGUUCAGUCGUGUUUAAUAGACAUCGAGUUCAUCUGUUUUAUGUCCACAUUGUGCACGGUCCUUGUCUUCAUGGUGGCAUCCUUCACCUACCAUUUCCUGAGGUGGCAGCUGGCGUACGCCUACUACCUCCUCUUGGCUUUGGUCUUUGACUCAAAGCAUAAAAACAAGGACUCUGCUAAUGAGUACGAUGCAUUCAUCUCCUACAACGCUCAUCAUGAGCCGUGGGUCAUUGGAGAGCUGCUGCCCAAACUGGAGGAGGAGCAGGGCUGGAAGUUGUGUCUGCACCACCGAGACUUUGAGCCAGGUAAAGCCAUCAUAGACAACAUCACUGAUGCCAUCUACAGCAGCAGAAAGACCAUCUGUGUAAUCAGUCGCCGGUACCUGGAGAGUGAGUGGUGCUCUAGAGAGAUCCAGGUGGCCAGCUUUCGCCUUUUUGAUGAGAGGAAGGACGUGCUGAUCCUGGUGUUUCUGGAGGAGAUUCCAACUUACCUUCUGUCUCCUUAUUACCGCAUGAGGAAACUGCUGAAGAAGAAGACCUACCUGAGCUGGGCCCAAGCCAGCGAGCACACCCAGGUCUUCUGGGAGAAGCUCCACCAGGCGCUGCAGACAAACCAAGAUCUUGGUGGCGAAAGAUUACAAGUGAUUGUGGCAGACAGACCAUGGGGGAAAUAGAGGAAGUGGGAUGGGGGUAUAGAUCUCAUGUUUCAGGUAUGAUUGACUGAUUUUACCAUAAAACGACCAAUUUGAGCAUCAUCAUGUACUGUAUAAACAAAUAUAUUGUUCAUAUGAUGAAAAUGAAGAAAUUCAAAUUUACUUAAA